GCGGGGCUUGCUAAUUAUAUCACAGGUGUGCCAGUGCGUAGCAGUUUUGGGGUGACAUGUUGACACCACCGUUUGGAUUGAAUUUGGAAGCCUGUAACCGACUAUAAUCGUCUGUGUUCUUGGUGGAAAACUUGUUCAGCUUGCAUUAUACGGACUGCUCCCCCCAUGAAGGCCCUGUUUGUGUUGACAUUAGUCUGUAAGGCCAGCAACUUCAGCACAAACAAACAAAGCCAAACAAGACAGCAGCCUCAUGUGCCUGCUUUGGGCUUCAUCUUUGCAGACAUUGGGAGCUGUCAUUUCACGACACCCUGUGACGUGGGUGAGGCUCAGCCGAUAUGACAGGGGCUGGACAGCAGACGCACUCCUAGGCGAGCUAGCAAUAUUUCUUCAGGUGUUCGACGGGGUUGAGGUCAGGGCUUCGAUCCACAACGUUGACUUUCUCAGACUCCACCUGCAGGCACCUGAUCUUUUCUCAUUGGAAGACUAUCUCUGCAGGAGGAUGGCCUUCUGCCAGUUAGGCCUGGCUCCGAGAGCUGUAGUGUCAACACUGAAAACUGAGGGCCAGAGAGGUGAUAUUCGAGAUACAGUUCAGCCAGACCGUCUCACCCAAGGUGCACAAGUCGUUAGAUGUAAAUCUGGGCUAUCAGUCGGAGGAGCGUCCUCGUUCAGAAAUGGCAGCAGUCAGGACCUUCCGCUGCACUUCCACUGUCCCCUAAUAGAAAGCCUGUUGAGGCCCAAUCAGCAGGUCUGUUCCUGGCUUCGCUGUGAUGUCAACAGCAAAGUGACGGAGAGAGCCGGGCCCUGGAAAAAACCCAGAGAGGAAAUAACUGCUAUUAUGAUUUCUGCGCGUGUCUACGCUCAACAGGGUUGCAGUCGUUCCAGCGGGCAUGAGCGCGUAGCCAUAUGAAGAGGGGGAAGAGAAUGAUCUGACACGAUGCACGUGGAUUGUGAGCAGUAGCUCUCUGCAGGCGCAGACAGACAGCGGAGGGAGUGUGGACUGGGGGAUGGAUGGUCUGAAGCCUAAAGACUGGAGUGGAAACACAGGGAGGAAGGUUAGGAAUGUGUGAUGUUUUCGCCUGCAUAUCCUCAGAUUGAAGCCAGAGCUUGUGGAGAAAAAUUAUGUUUGUGUUUGCAUUUAAAUCACAGACUGUUUGGGUGUGAGCACCAUUUCUUCAGCAUUAUUUCUACUUUUAUAGGACAUGUGGCAAAUGAAAGUAGCAGUAACUGACAGAAAGUAUACAACCAAUUCCCUCGACUUCACUCAGGGUAGAUAAUACUAACAGCAGAGGCUCGUAUGUCCUCUCAGCAUUUACAUAACGUCAGCAUUACCUCGCUCAGUCUGCCCUCUAGUUUUCUGCCUCUCUAACACGACUGUCAAUUUCAGGUGUUCUCUCUUUGUUACUGUCAUCAUUUUAUGUCUUCAAAAUGGCACAUUAAAAUAGUACGCCAUGCAUGGUAAAGAAAUGCUUCAUGU